UCGCCCGCCAGUGCAGUGCCCCGCGCGCCGCGCAAGUUUUCGAACGUGCUCUCCACACAAAAAGCGCGUGAAACCAAAAUGGCCGACAAUGUUGUUUUCCCUCGCAAACUACUAACAAGAUUCAUAGCUUUAUACAAAGACCAGCCUUGUUUAUGGGACAAAACUUGUCAAGCGUACAAAUUGAAACGAAAAAGGAACGAAGCCAUCACAAAAUUAACAGAGCUGGUUCAGGAAUACGACCCGGCGGCUACUAAAGUGCAUAUUUUGAGGAAGAUUGAGAGUUUGCGCGCGUGCGUACGGCGGGAAUUUAAAAAAGUUCAAGACAGUCGAGCGAAGGCAACGGGCUCGGACCAGAUUUACGUGCCGCAUUUGUGGUAUUAUGACAUGUUUACUUUCGUGUUCGGGGAGGACGGGAGUAACUAUAAAACGAAGCCGAGCUCGCCGGCGGCGUCGACGGGUCAGGAUGAGGAAUCGGAUGAAGACCAGCCUGAAGACGAGAGCUACGAGCAGUCAGGCAACUAUGCGGCGGAGUACAAUGUGGAGACCAGCAUGAUAGAGGACUCUAGGCAAUACUACGAGGAUACGAAGAAGCGGACUGAGGUCGACGACGAGUAUGAUGCGAUAGGUAUAAACGUAGCAGCGAAACUAAGAACCCUGCCACCAAACAUGAGGAUACUGGCGGAGAAGCUGAUCAACGACGUCCUCUUCCAAGCACAGAUGCACGGACUCAGUUCAUCCACCGUCAUAAGUACCCCGGACCCUUUCAAAUAGCU